AUGUCAGACGCUGAAGUCGCCGUCGCUACCGCCAGCUAAACUAAAAAGGCACCAAAGAAGAAAGCACCAGCAAAGCCGAAGAAGGCAGCAAGUCUCCCUCAAUACUUGGACAUGAUCAAGAAAGGCAUCACUGUUCUGAAGGAUCGUGGUGGUUCUUCUCGCCGGGCUCUCUUGAAGUACAUCUUGACCAACUACAAAGAUGACGCUAAUGCCGCCAAAGUUAAUCUGAAGCUGGCUCUCCGUGCUGGUGUCAAGAACGGAACUCUGAAGCAGUCCAAAGGAACCGGUUCCUCCGGAUCAUUCAGAAUCGGAGACAACGCUGAGAAGACAAAGGCAAAGAAAGCUGCCAAACCCAAGACUGCCGGAGCUAAGCCCAAGGCCAAGAAAGUAGAGAUGCACCAGGUGUUCCCACGUAAAUCAGAUAUCUUCAUUGACGGAACAGAGGAUAAAUCGGAACACAUGUACGAACCCAAAAUAAAAUAAAUAUAGUUG